CCGUUUAGAGCUACAUUCACCAAACUCCGACAUCCGGUCUCCAUGACGCCGGCCCUGGCGAUGCCGCCGCUGCCGCUGGACCUGCAUGCCGCCGAGGAGAUGCAGGUCGAGGGCGAGUGGAAGGUGGCCGCUGCGCCGCCGUCCAACCCGGCGUCGGCUCGCAAGCUGGUCAUGCGCACUCCCCGCCAGCACGCAUCUGCCGCCGCCAACACCAACAAGUUCAUCUGCGAGGCCCUGGAGCAUCUGGACCUGGCCCCCUCCCAGCGCCGCCUGCUGAUGAGCCCGCAGCGCGAGGUGGCGGUGACGCUGAGCCUGCUGCGCGACAGCGGCGAGGUGGCCACCUUUGACGCCUACCGCGUGCAGCAUGACAACAGCCGCGGCCCCUUCAAGGGCGGCUUGCGCUUCCACCCACACGUCGACCUGGACGACGUGCGCAGCCUGGCCUCCCUCAUGACCUGGAAGACGGCGGUUAUGGACAUCCCCUUUGGCGGCGCCAAGGGGGGCGUGUGUGUGGACCCGUCUGAGCUCAGCACCCGCGAGCUGGAGAUCCUCACGCGCAAGCUGACCCAGGCGCUGCGCCCCGUGCUGGGUGACCACACCGACAUCCCCGCCCCCGACAUGAACACGGGCGCCCGCGAGAUGGCCUGGUUCUUCGACGAGUUCUCCAAGACCGCGGGCUUCACGCCCGGCAUCGUCACGGGCAAGCCCGUGUGGCUGCACGGCUCGCUGGGCCGCGAGGCGGCCACCGGCCGCGGCACCGUCUUCGCCAUUCGGGAGCUGCUCAAGGCGCAGGGGCAGGGCGAGAUUGCGGGCAAGAGCUUCGUCAUCCAGGGCUUUGGCAACGUGGGCUCCUGGGCCGCCCAGAUCCUGCACCAGCAGGGCGGCCGCGUGGUGGCGGUGGCCGACGCGUUUGGCGCUGUGGCCAACCUGGAGCGGGGGCUGGACAUCCCGGCGCUGUGCCAGCACCUGGCCGCCAAGGGCGGCCUGGCCGCCUUCCCCGGCGGCACCGAGAUGGCCAAGGAGGCGAUCCUGGCGGUGCCCUGCGACGUCCUCAUCCCCGCCGCCAUCGGCGGCGUGAUCACAGAGGACAAUGCCCACACCCUGCAGUGCAAGAUUGUGGCGGAGGCGGCCAACGGCCCCACCACCCCCGAGGCGGACGCCGCGCUGCGCCGCCGCGGCAUCGCCGUGCUGCCCGACAUCUACUGCAACGGCGGCGGCGUGACGGUGUCCUACUUUGAGUGGGUGCAGAACCUGCAGAACCUGCGGUGGAGCGAGGAGGAGGUCAACAGCCGGCUGGACCGCGUGAUGACGGAUGCCUUCCGUGCCAUCUGGCAGCUGAGCCAGCGCGACUCUAUCCCGCUGCGCGUGGCUGCCUUUGCCAUCGCCCUGGAGCGGGUGAUGCAGGCCCGCAUGAACCGCGGCUUCGACUGA